AUGACAGACCACAAAGAAGACAGUCUUUUGGCCAAUUGGAAAUGUAUGGUAGCUGUCAUCAUCGUGUCCAUGUCGCCAUUCCAGUAUGGAAUUGACUAUGGCUUGAUCGGUGGUAUCCAGGCUAUGGUCGGAUUCCUCAAGAUAUAUGGCUAUGAAGAUCCCAACCUUCCAUUGGGUUGGAAUCUGUCUCCGACAAGACAGCAACUUAUCUCUUCGCUUAUGGUUUUGGGAGCUGUGAUCGCAUCUGGUUGUGCGGGUCUGAUCGCGAGGACAGUUGGCCGUAAGAGUUGUCUUUGGGCUGCAUGCGCCUUAUUGUCAGUUGGAAAUAUCAUCAUGAUGGCCACUACGCACAUCGGUGCGCUCUACGCCGGGCGUUUCAUCUUAGGGUUGGGCAACGGCCUCCUGAUGACUUUCUCCCAACUUUACAUCCAGGAAGUCACGCCUGCCAGAUACCGAGGCUUGGCUCUUGCCUCCUUCCAGUUCUUCACCAGCAUUGGAACACUCAUUGGUACGAUCGUUGACAAUUUCACUGCCAAAAGAAAUGGCAGGAGCGCUUACCUCAUCCCGCUCGGCCUAAUCUAUGUCGUCCCCGUUGUCAUUGUCAUUGGCUUGAUCUUCAUCCCAGAAUCACCUCGUUGGCUGCUUGAGCAUGAAAAGCCCGAGCAGGCUCGCAAAGCACUCGCAUGGCUUCGUCCCCAUCCAGACCGUGUUGAUGAAGAGUUAUCCGCCAUUCAAGCUGGCAUCGACCAAGAGAAAGUCUUGAGAUCUGAGGUCAGCGUCUGGGAUAUGUUCAGAGACCCUAUCGAUCGCAGGCGAACAAUCCUCUCAGUAGCCGCCAUCAACACGCAAGCUGCUUCUGGCGCCAUGUUCAUCAUUGCAUACGGAACCUACUUCUUCGAGAUGGCUGGGGUCGGCGACUCAUUCGAAAAUUCGUGCAUUCUCACAAGCGUGGGAGUCAUCGCCAUCAUCCUCAACACAUGUAUCAUCACCCGCUUCGGUCGCCGUCGCCUCUUCCUGAUCACCGGUCUUCUCUUGUGUGGCUUCUUGCAACUCAUCAUUGCUGUGGUCUACACAACGAAGCCUGGUAGUCCGGCUGCAUCAAAAGUGAUCGUGGCACUGAGCGUACUUUACAUGUUCAGUUACAACGGUCUCAUCGCCACCUAUGCUUGGCUGUCAGGAGGCGAAAUCCCAUCACAGCGACUACGCUCCUACACCUUCGGCCUCGCAGCAUCCGUUGGCUUCAUCGGUGCCUGGUUGGCCACUUUCACCGCUCCCUACUUCAUCAAUCCCAGUGCUCUCAACUGGGGUCCUCGCUACGGCUACAUCUGGUUCCCAUCUUGCAUGGUUGCUGCCGUUUUCAUCUACUUCUUUCUCCCUGAGAUCAAGGACCGAACUCUCGAGGAAAUCAGCGAGAUGUUCGAGGCUGGGCUACCUGCGCGAAAGUUCAAAGGAUACAAGUGUGUUGGAGCUGCUGCUCUUGCGGCCGCUGAGAAGAAGGAAAAGGGAGGAAUUGAAGUUUCUACUGAAGAGGUGGUUUGGCGUGACCCCAAGGCUGCUUCGGAGUCUGCUGCUGUCGUUGGAUGA